UGCCUUAGAAAUCCUAGCAGUGGUGCCAAACAAAUAGACGCAAAGAAAAGAUCCAAAAAGUAGCGUAAGCGCCAAACUCAAUUCCAACUCUCUUUCUCUCUCUCCCCUUUCUUCUCUCUCUUCACAAUCAAAUCAUCGAUCAUGAUUUAUCAUCAUCCACCAAACCCAAUCUCAGCCCUUGAUUUAAUCAUCAUCUUCUGUUAUAUCAAAUAGCUUGCUAGCCCUUUAAUUUGUUGUUGAAUUCUAAGUUGCAGUUUGUUUAAGUCUCUUUUUUUCCUCUCUUUCCUUCUUUUCCUCCCUGUAAAAUUCUUCAUCAUUAGGGAGAAUCCAAACACCUUUUCUCCAAAGAAUCCCAAAUACCUAAUAAUUAUUAAUACCCUUUCUUUUUCAUUCUUUAUAAUGCUGUAAAUUGAUCAUCACAUUCAAUGUACAAUCUCAUUUUACAUCAUAUGAUCUUCAAAAAAAUAAGAUAAUUACAAAAUAACCCAACUCAAAAAAAUAAUAAAUUUAAUUAUUCAUAAUCAAUGGUUGUUCCUCCAUGGUUAGAACCAUUGUUAGGUAGUGCAUUCUUUCACAUUUGUAGAAUCCAUGGAGAUGCUGCAAGAAGUGAGUGUAAUAUGUUUUGCUUAGACUGUCAUUCAGAUGCUUUUUGCUAUUAUUGCAGAUCUUCUAGACACAAAGAUCAUCAAGUUAUUCAGAUAAGGAGAUCAUCAUAUCAUGAUGUAGUGAGAGUAGGAGAUGUACAGAAAGUGUUGGAUAUAAGUGGAGUUCAAACAUAUGUGAUAAACAGUGCAAGAGUUAUGUUUUUGAAUCAAAGGCCGCAACCUAAAUCAGGAAAAGGUGUUGCUCAUUUGUGUGAGAUUUGUGGAAGAAGUCUUUUAGACCCUUUUCGCUUUUGCUCUUUGGGAUGCAAGCUUGUAGGAGUGAAAAGGAAUGGGAAUACAAGCUUUGAUAUAGAAGGGAGUAAGAGUGAAGAAGGGAUAUCAAUGACAAGAAGUAGCAGGAGAGAUAGAGAAGCAUUGCGUGAAGGCUCACAACAAGGCAUAUACCCGCCCACGCCUCCUUCAAGUUCAAGAAGAAGAAAGGGGAUUCCUCAUCGAGCGCCUUUCAAUUCUUAAUUCUUUUUAUUUAUUUAUUUAAUCUACUUUAUCCGAUUCGACCUGACCUGAUCUGAUCUAAUAUGAUUCGAUCAUUUAAAAAAAAUUAAUCAUUUUAAUUGAGUUUAAUUACCCUCAACUAAUUUUCAUUUUC